AUGAGGCCUCCCUUGCCGUCGCCAAGUACUCGCACUCCUCAACCCACCGCCAGCGCGUCGCAAGCCGCUCCUAGGCCCGCGUUGCAGCCUACCGAAGGCCGACCGUCAUCAGCAUCGCGACCGCCUCUUCAGCGACAGAGUCCGUCGAUAGUACCCGGCCGAGAUGACGAGAACACGCCAAGACCAAACCCACUCCCCGCCGUCGACUCGUCAGUAUCGACCGAUGACAGCUCAGCAGAAAGCGAUAUAAGCAGCGGGGCAGAUGAGGGCACAGAAGAGGACGAGGUCAGCACAAAUGAAGGCGCCGGCCCGUUGAGGAGCAGUCGCCCAGUGCCUGGUAUCGAAGAAGCCAGACUGCAGAGGCUGAGAGAAGCUGUUAAUGCGAAGCUGUCGCUCGCUCAGCAGCAGGCCAGGUUCGGUAGCAUCAACAUGGCGGCGAGCACUGGCAGUCUGGGUGCGCGCAGAGUCUCUCCCAUCAAGGAGGAAGACCCACGAACCAUUUCGCCGUCGCUUGAUGCCUCGUUCAGCAGUCCCCUGCCGACUGGUGCCCAAAGCUCCUCCACGCAGUCGACAGAAUCGCAACGGACGAUACGUGGUAGCGUACCCGCGACACCUGCUCAGCUACCCGUCAGAACUCCUUCGUAUCCGUUUCCAUAUGUUCCUGGCACCCCAAGGACGUGGUCGUCGUCCUUCCACCAGCCCUUCACUGCAUUGUCUCCGACAAUAGACGCCUUGCACACCCGAGAUACGGCAACCCCUCGCGAAAGAACAAUGUCCGGUGCGAGUACCCCAGCCGGCUCUGGCGCGACGUUCAUGCCGCCCGGAACUUCUCAAUCCGCUCUUGAAGACCCAAGAUACCCUUCGCCAAACAUGUAUGACCUGGUUCUUCUUCUAAACUCCGAGCCAGGCCUUGACGCUUGGUGGAGCAGUGUUGUCAAAAUCAUGCAUGAGAACUACGGUGCUCAGAGGGUUACACUCGCGGUGCCCGCUGAUGCAGCAGACAUUGAGAAUGUGCCUUGGGGCCAAAAAGCGACGUUCAAUGCCGCUGCUCGUGGAGAGCUGUGGCCACCAAGUGAUUCUUCGGAAGAGAAGCUGCCGGAUGCACCAAGACUCGACAGUGCUCAUAACUCACUUCGAAAGGCUGAGGAUGAAGACACUCUGCCGGCUGCUUUCUCGGCUCUUCGGAACAGGCCAAAGCUGGUCUCACGGCAUUCCUUCGCUGGACACGAACGUCAGAGGAGGGAUCUGUCUACGGAAUAUGACGGGGCUCCUGCGCGCUUCACGCGGCCCAGAGCUCCAUUGAGAACCGUCAGCCAUGCGCCUCAAACCACACCCCGCACCGAAGUGCGAGUGAGAAGUACGCCACUUGCUCAGAUGGACCCAUCGCCCCAAAAUCGGCCGAACAGGAUGAAGGAGUCAACGUUCAGUGAUCCUGACUUCUCAAGUCUUGCUGGCGAUGCUGCAACAGAGCCAUAUGCGGCUGUCUUCCCCGUUCUUCGUGCGUUGGAUCACGAAGCGGAUGCGCUAAUAGACACCACCGGCAUCAACCGCAUUCUUGAGCGUGGAAAACUCGUCACGUUGACCAGAGACUACUCUAGUCCUGCUCCAUCACAUCGGAGGGCAUCCGAUCUCUCUUCGGGCUCUGAAACCGCAGAACUUCCGACGAAUCCACCCACCAGGAGUCAGGGCCAGCAGACAUUAACGGAACCGAGAGCCUCGCAGCCUUCUCGAGAUAUCAGAAGCCGCACAACUAACCCGGCGCCAUCGACUGGCGUAGAAGUAGAAAACAGGAGGUUGUCCAUCAGCUACCAGGAAUACGAACAGUUUCCUUCCUCGCCAUGGGCACAGUCGCCGGCUCCAUCACCAGCCAUUCAGGCAGAUCCGGAGGAUAAUCCUUUCUUUGCUACGACGAAUGUGGAUGAAGAGUCAUUCAACCCAACCGAAGUUGCGCAGGACUACUCUCGAUUUGACCCGGUGGAAGCCAUCGGUAUUGACAGAGCAAGCACGCUCACGCAUCUGCCGCUGUUUCAUCCUAGUCUUUCACAAAUUAUGGAAGCUGGUAACCAAGAGUCGCCUUUAAUCACACCUGGAGUGCGGCAAGGCGCAAGGGACGAGCGCAGGUCAGAUGCUACAGUUACUACUGAGCGUAGUGGAUUCCAGAGAAGGGCACCGAUCGCCAUUCUGUCCCUACUUUCGUCCACAGUUCCGUACCCUCAAAACCUGACGCAGAGCCUGAAGAUGCUUGGUCCACACUUUGCUACCUCUUUCUCCAAUGCCUAUCAGUAUUCUACGGCUCUUCGCCAACUUACUGGGCUCCGUGUCCGGCGCAGCAUCCCUGGCUAUCAAGAAGGUUCUGAGUCGAUCACUCCAGACACUGCAACUCUAGACAAUCUAAUGCAUCUCGAUAUUGACGAAAUUGCCAGCUCGACUGCCGGCAGUAUAACAAGUCCUUCCGACUACUCUGGCUGUUCACGACAUAGCCCUGGUGGGUCAAUAUCAGGUACCCCAGGAUGGGAUCCUGCGGCCAUCGGCUUCUCUUCUAAGCAUCCGCUUGGAGAUACGCCUGGCCAUUUGGCGGGUACUGAGGUAAUUGACAGCUACUUUGAUGCUAAGAAAAGACAAGGUGGUCACAGGGCUCCGACCAGCGUUGCCAGUGCACUUUUACAACAGGGUCAGCAAGCGGGCAGGAGCUCACCUACUCUUGAGCACCGCGCCCCAUCACGGCAAGUCACAAUUGCGGACCGUGACGACAUAAUACCAAAGACUGAGCAGAAACCUAGAAGCCGAGCGAGGGACGAGAAGACGACUUUAGCGGUGCACACGGCUCGAGAAAAGAGUCCAAACCGUCAAACGGAAGUUACCUCUCCGCGACGACCAGGUUUCCGUACUACUCCCUUCUCGCAAGACCAGGCAGACCGGCGGCAUUCGUUACUGCACUCGUAUGGUGCUGACUUCAGUUCCACAUUUCAGUCCUUGCCUGCUGCAACAACGCCUGGUCUCCGUACACCGGGACCCCUUCAUUCGCAUGGCAGAAGUGGACCUGGCCUGGACACAUUUGAUAUGCCCCCUCCCUCUGAGCGUUUGCUACGAACUAUCAUCGAUUCUUUACCAGUCCAGAUAUUUACCGCAAAACCCGACACUGGGGAGCUGACCUGGGUUAAUUCCAAGUUCCUAGUCUAUCGAGGUCAGGAUUCGCGGCAAGCCAUACAGGAUCCUUGGCGGGCAAUCCAUCCUGAAGACCGCGAGGAGUACAUGACUGCGUGGUAUAGGUCUCUUAAAACCGGCCAACAGCUGCAAGCAAAAGUCCGGUUGCAGAGAUUCGAUGGUCAUUACCGUUGGUUCUACGUACGGGCUGCUCCGUUGAAGGACAAGAGACAGAGCAUAAGGCACUGGAUCGGUACGAAUAUGGAUAUGCACGAGCAACACAUUGCUGAACAAAACUCUGCCCGUCAGCAGGAGACAGCGGCGUCGGAGGCCAAAUAUCGGGCGCUUGCUAACUCGAGUCCGCAAAUCGUUUUUGCUGUCACCAAAACCAGAGGAGUAAUCUUCUGCAAUUCGCAGUGGCUGACGUAUUCUGGCCAGACAGAAGAGCAAGCUGCUGGAAUCGGCUUCAUGGACUUUGUACACCCUGAUGACUUGGGCAAGUGCCGGCUUCCGGCCUUCAACGAGGAUGGAUCUCUACCUGUGAAUGUACCGACAACAAUGCCACCGGAAUACAGACGAUCGCAGUCUUCCUCUUCAUCCGGAGGAUCCUCGGAGACGAGUCGUACGGUCACAAGCCCUGGACACUCACCACCGUCAGCCAUGGAGCUACCGCAAGCGAAGCUGUCUAAACUAGCUAGUACCGGAAUCCUCAAGGUGUCUCGGGACUCGGAUGGAAGGCCUUCUUACUCCACCGAAGUACGUCUCAGGUCCAAGGACGGAAAUUACCGCUGGCACCUUGUACGGAUCCUGCUAGCCGAGCCAGUUCACCAAGAGUCGGGUGAAGAAGAGACAUGGUACGGAACGUGCACAGAUAUCAACGACCACAAGCUUUUGGAGCAGACGCUAAAAGAGACCAUGGAUGCCAAGUCAAGGUUCCUCAGUAAUAUGUCCCAUGAGAUUCGAACACCUUUAAAUGGCAUCACGGGCAUGGUCAACUUUCUGAUGGAUGGCAACCUGAAUUCAGAGCAGAUGGAGCAUGUCAAUGUCAUUCGGAGCAGUGCAGAAGGCUUGCGCGACCUAAUUAACGACAUUCUCGACCUUUCGAAGGUUGAAGCUGGCAUGAUAACGCUUGCAUGGGACUGGCUACACAUUCGUUCGCUCAUUGAGGAAGUCAAUGAUCUGACUUCUUCUUUAGCCAUCAACAAGCGACUGGAACUAAACUAUAUCGUUGACGAGGAUGUUCCUUCCAUGGUCAAAGGCGACAGGUUCAGAAUCCGCCAAGUCCUGCUGAAUGUCAUUGGCAAUGCGAUCAAGUUCACCAAGCACGGCGAGGUGUUCGUUCACUGUAAGAUGGCCCACGAGAAGGGAGCGCACCUUUCUGAACAUCAAGCGAUGAUUCGCUUUGAAGUCAAGGAUACCGGCAGUGGCUUCAAUGAGAAACAGGCCGAGUUUCUGUUCAAGCGUUUCAGUCAGAUAGAUGGCAGCAGUACCCGACAACAUGGCGGUACAGGCCUGGGGCUCGCAAUUUCUAUGCAGUUGGUUGAGCUACAUGGAGGACAGAUGAAAGCCAACAGUGUGCCUGGAAAGGGGUCAACGUUCACUUUCUCGAUCAAGUUUGGCUUGCCUCAUGAGGGAGACGAGCCACCACCUCCACCUGUCACGCCAGGACAAGGACCACGAUCUACCACCGCUCCGCCAUCCCUGCCCACGCAAAGUCCUACCUCCACGCGAGCUCAAGCUCAGCAGUAUGCUACGCCACAAGUCCUCCGGCGUCAACGGAUUAGCGACCCACCAGCUCCGAACAUCGCGUCUCCUACAACUAUCUUCGGUUCCCCGUCGCCCUCCUCCGCAAGCUCCGAUCCGUCAAUUCGUACUGGCGCAACUAGCAUUCGUUCUGAGCGAUCCUCGGCUUCUUCCUACGUUUCCGAGCCAUCUUUCAUUCCAGCGACCCACGUAACACUAUCUCCACCGCCAGAAUCUCGGGCGAAUAGAGCCGAGUCUCCAGCGCCACCGCGCACACCGGCGGGUCUUUCUGCCGCACUGGCACCUCUGAUGUACUCGAUCCUUGUUGUUUGUCCUCUUGUUUACAGUAGAGAGGCCACUGUCAAGCAUAUCGAGAUGACGCUCCCUAAGACUAUCCCACACCAGAUUACAGCGCGCGGCGACUUGACCGAAUGUCGCGAGAUGAUUGGUGGCGACGAUCCUGUAAUCUUCACACAUAUCGUACUGGUAUUGCAGGAAGUCGGGGACAUCCUGCCCUUCAUGGACCACGUUCUGAAGUCACCCUCUCACUCCUCGACUGCGAUCGUCGUCGUCACGGAUCUGAUGCAGAAACGUGAGAUUGUCCGGGCGGCACCGCGGUACGACUAUGAGCAGCUACAGAAGGACGGCCGUCUGCUUUUCAUCUUCAAACCAUUGAAGCCCUCUAGGAUUGCUACCAUCUUCGACCCUCAGAAGGAGAGAGAACUUAGCACGGAUAGGGCCCAGGACAGCGCUCAGCAGGUGGCGGUUACUCAGAAGCAGGUAUUCGAUGAGAUGAAGAGACGGCUCGGCGACAAAGGUGUCCGUGUGCUUCUGGUGGAAGACAACCAAAUCAAUCAAACGGUUAUCCUCAAGUUCCUCGGCAAAAUCAACGCGACCGUCAAGACAGUCACGGACGGGAUCCAGUGCACAGAUGAAGUCUUCGCCCAUCCGCACGACCUCUACUCAAUCAUAUUAUGCGAUCUUCACAUGCCGAACAAGGACGGCUACCAGACCUGCAAAGAAAUCCGCCGAUGGGAGCGAAAGAACAAAUACUCGUACCUGCCUAUCAUCGCCCUGUCCGCAAACGUUCUGGGCGACGUGUACGCGAAAUGUGCCGAGGCCGGAUUCAACUCUUACGUCACCAAGCCAAUCGACUUCAAGGCCUUUAGCCGCGUGUUGACCAACUUUCUGGAUCCAGACGAUCCGAGUAAACCUCACGAGUUCAUGCGGCCGCCGAAACGGGAGUGA